AGACGACAUUGGAGAACCUGACUCAACAGCUGGCAGUCAAACAGCACGAAGACGGGAAAUUUAGCCACGCGAUGAUAGAUUUCAACAUGAGCGGAGACUCCGAUGGAAGUGCGGGGGUCUCAGAAUCUCGGAUUUACCGAGAAUCCAGAGGGCGUGGGAGCAACGAGCCACACAUCAAGCGUCCGAUGAACGCCUUCAUGGUGUGGGCGAAAGACGAACGGCGGAAGAUCCUGCAGGCUUUCCCUGAUAUGCACAACUCCAACAUCAGCAAAAUAUUGGGGUCUCGUUGGAAAGCUAUGACGAACCUUGAAAAACAGCCAUACUACGAGGAGCAGGCUCGCCUCAGCAAGCAGCACUUGGAGAAGUACCCGGACUACAAGUACAAGCCCAGGCCGAAGAGGACGUGCUUAGUAGAUGGCAAGAAGUUACGGAUCGGCGAAUAUAAGGCAAUCAUGAGGAAUCGGCGCCAAGAGAUGAGGCAAUAUUUCAAUGUGGGACAGCAAGCACAGAUUCCUAUUGCGGCAGCCGGUGUCGUCUACCCGGGAGCCAUCGCCAUGACGGGAAUGCCCUCCCCACAUCUCCCCUCCGAGCAUUCAAGUGUAUCUAGUAGCCCAGAACCUGGGAUGCCCAUCAUCCAGAGCACUUAUGGCAUCAAAAACGAGGAGACUUCUCACGUCAAAGAGGAGAUCCAGAGCGAGGACAUCAAUGGCGAAAUGUACGAAGACGACGAGGAUGAAGACGACGAUCGCGAUGUGGACUACGGCAGCGAAAGCGAAAACCACAUUGCGGGACAAGCCAACUGAUCGGGGGAGGGAUCCCAAAUUCUUGGUUUUGACCUCGGAGGACUUUAACGGAGAGCCCCCCCCCCAAAAAAAUCCGGUUUCUUGCCCAGUGGCCAAGCACACGAACUUUAUCCUCACACACUUGACUGUUACUUAAAACUUUUUAGUCUUAACUAGUUGGGACAUCAGCUGAUCAGGAGAGAUCAGCCAACGUGGAGAACUUUGGAAAAACAAGAAAGGAAUUCUAAAAGAAAAGACCACAAAAGGCUCAGAGGAAGAAACCCUAUCAAGGAAGUCAAUCAUGACGAAAGAGAAAAAAAAA